UUGCGCACAUUUUUAUCACCUUCAGUUCCAAGUGUCUUAUUCCAUAGACCUCUAACGUGCAAGAAAAAGUUUGAGUCACUUCCCAGUGGCUACAGGGCUGGAGGACAAUCCAGGCUCCUCCCUUGCACAACGUCACUUGAUCCCGAUCUCUCCCAAAGCGUCAGAGAGAGUCAGCGGCACAUUGUGGUGGCAGAUCCAUGGGGCGGUCCGAAUAGCGGGGUAAAGCUACACUGUAUUUCAGUCAAAAAAGAAGAAGAGAAGGGGGCGCUUCCACCAUUUCCACAGUUAUAGCAACUUCACCGGCCUGGUGAUUCCUCCGGCUGGCAGUGGCAGCAGACAGGGACAGCCGGGAAUUUAAGGACAUUGAACAGGGACGGUGCCAGCAGACUAUCUGUAAGGUGCUAUGACUGUUUUGCAAAAGGGAGAAAAGUAAGACAUUUCCCCGGAGGAACUCUCGGAAGUGCGGAAACUUCCCAGCGCAGCAUCGACCGAGGACCUCCCGCCCACUUUACCUCUGAACCACAGUACUGGAAACGGGAGAGAGCGAGGGAGAGAGAGAGAGAGAGAGAAAGAGAGAGAGAGAAAGAGAGAGAGAGUUGUGCAGCCGCUGUGGUGAACGGAGCAACAAAGGCUGGAUGGUGAAGAACCAACUCUCCUUCCUCUCUUCGCUUGCUGUUCCUAUAAAAGACUCCAUCAUCUAAACAGCAGCUUUGCAGCCGCGUGGGUCUCGUUUUGAGAACCCGGUCAGGCUCGACUCAGUGCAAACUCUCCGCCUGCCAGGGAACCGCAGCAGACGUGAAAUUGAUGCUUUGGCACGGAGGGGCGCACGACCGAUCCUCUAGUUUCGCGAAAGUCUGCUUCUGCUCAGUGAGAGAGGUAGAAUAGUUGGGGCCGAAGUGGGAUUUGCAGAAGUUGCAUGCUUGGUCUUUGUCGUCUCGAGUGAGCCAUAUCAAUCCACUCCUUGGCUGAUCUGAGAAGAUCGAGAGAGUUGAGGUGCCAUGGCGAUGUGUGUGGGGAUAUGGAUACUCCUGUUGGCGCUGCACACCCAAGCUGGCAAUGGACAGAUGGUACAGAUGGACCCCAGUAAGUCUGGAUUUGUGGGUUCACAAGUGGAGCUGCGCUGCAUUUUCAGCAACAGUAACCCGCCAGUCAAGAUCUCUCAAGUCACCUGGCAGAAGCUCCUCAAUGGCACCAAGCAGAACGUAGCCAUAGCCAACCCAGCCCUGGGUGUGUCCGUUCUGCCACCCUUCAAGGAGCGGGUCAGCUUCAAGCAGGCAGCGGUUCGUCACCGUACGCCCUCACUGGAGGACACCACCAUCGUGUUCUCCAACCUGCAGCUGUCUGAUGAAGCUGCCUACAUCUGCGAAUAUACCACGUUUCCUGCAGGCAACCGGGAGAACAUGGUCAACCUCACUGUAUAUGCUCGGCCUAUGACACGUAUGACCUUGACAAGACCCACGAUUGUGGCCAAGCCCCAGAAGUCCAAGAUGACUGUUGCCACUUGUGUAUCAGCCAAUGGGAAGCCUCCAAGUGUGAUCAAAUGGGACACCAGGUUGAAGGGCGAAGCCACCCACCAGGAAACUCGCAACCAAAACGGAACAGUGACAGUGUGGAGCAACUACAUGGUGACACCGAGCCGUGAGACCCACAGACAGAAGCUCACAUGUAUCGUGACGUACCGAAAUGAAAAGAUCACAGACAGCGUGGUGCUCAAUGUGCAGUAUGAACCUGAGGUGAAGAUCGAGGGCUUUGAUGGAAACUGGCACCUGAACCGUCAGAAUGUUCAGCUGACCUGCCGGGCUGAUGCUAACCCGCCCGUCACGAUCUACCAGUGGAAACUCUUGAAUGGCUCCCUGCCCAGUAAUGUGGAGAUUAAGAACAACACUCUGUUCUUCAAGGGGUCAGUGACCUAUGACCUGGCCGGGACAUACGUCUGUGAUGCGACUAACGGCAUCGGGACGCGCACCGGCAGCGUGGAGGUCAACAUCACAGAGAAGCCAUUGCCGCAGGGUCCCCCAGGUGGUGUUAUUGGGAUCCUUGGAGGUGUUGUUGCCAUUGGACUCAUCAUCGGCGUGGCUGUUACUGUUUUCAUGGUCCAUCGGCGGCAGCAGAAGACCCGCACUGAGACAGAUAAUGACCUCAUUGCUGUUGCUGCUGUUGCUGAUAGUUGUGUGACAAAGGCUCCAGAGAAGCCAGAGUCCCCCACAAGGACUGACCUCCCACCUGCCCACAAACCUGCCCCUCCCCCGCCCAAAAAAAAGAACAGUGACAUGAAGGGACACUUGACAUCCGAUGAGAUCCAGGUGGUUCAUCUCGACAAGGAGGAGGAAAUACAGAAGCUUCCUCGUCAGCCUCCUUAUUACGACAUGGCACCCUCUGAGUUGACCCCCCUCACUGAUAAGCUGGACACUGGGAGGCGUCCAGAAGAGUUGUUGAAUCCGGCUGAAUAUGUGAGCUACCAGCACAUCAGCAACAUGGAGCACUUCCCUGAGUCUCGGCCCGCCCUAGCUUACCCUCCGGUUGCCUUCUUGCCUCAGCACCCCUACACACAACAACCGUCCAACGAGCCCAUGUACUCCAACACCAACGUCUCAGCCUCUGGCCCUCAGGCUCCAUUCACAUUCCCCAAGGAGCAAUCCGUGUGACAUGCCAAUAGCUCUUAGCUCUGCAAGACACAACAAGUUAGUGGCACAAAUGCGUCAUGGAAAACAAAGCUCUGCCAAACACGUCCGUUCCCAGCUCACUUCUGUUUGUUCAGUAAGCUUAAAACUCUUGUGGGCGUCCCCCUGUCAUGGUGAGAGUGUCUGUAACUUGUGGCCCUUAGUCCCCUGUGUGUCAUGCACUGCUUGCUCCACUGGAGCUGUUUGUGGGACCCUGUUCACCCUGUGAUGUUAGCGUGCCCGACACCGACUGCUCUCCUCCAGCCCUCUCUCCUUCACCUUUCACAUGUGCCCACUCACCCUGUCUUUGAUUGCUUCCUCACCUUUUGCCAACUGUCUAAACCAGGUACACAACAUGCCAUCGUGUCACUACUCAAAUCAUAAUUUUUCACUUUUUUUUACAGCUCCCAUAGUGAUAGUUACCUUUUAUAGCAACGUGCUUCUUUUGUUUGUUUUCUCUUUGUCUGUCAAUCAUGUGCUUGCUUCUUUAAAAGUGAUAUAUUAUACUAUAUGUGUGAUUGGAUGUGCUCUGUUCAAAAAAUGCCAUUUGAUUUGUAAACCUAAUUAUCAAUCUAUAAUGACAUGGACUUCCCCUUUAAUGACAGUUAAUGACAGGGUUGUUAUUGGAAGAUUUAAAUUGGCAGUCUCUCAACUGAAUCCUUCAUUACUUUUCAUAAUGGCUUUGCUGUUACGGACUUUGACUGGAUAUUUCGGACUAUUAGAGGCAAAUGUUAUCCUCAUUAGCUACAAAGAAAAACAAAGGGCUCGAGAUUCAACCGUAUCUGCUUUCUUCCAUUUCUCCAUUUAUUAUUAUCCAACCAUGCUGGUUAUUAUUAUUAUUAUUAUUAUUAUUAUCUACCAGUAGUUGCCAAAGACAUAUAGUUUCAUUGUCUUUUGUCCAUUAUUUUUCAUGCCACUGCUUACAUUCAGACUACACUGCUUAAUGGGAGAUAAACAUAAUUGAUUGGCAGUGUGUUACACAUUCCCAGUUUACAUUAUCGCUUUGCCAUAUGCGGUAUUUUCCAUAUCUGUAAGAGAAAAUGUGAGCUCCUCACAGGGGCUGGUUUGAGGCUCAUGGCAUUGUGGGUCCUUUGUGUUUGUGCAGAGUUGUUCUUUAUGUAGGUGCAAUAGAUGAAGACAAUCACAUACUUGGGUUGUCCUGGGAAAAAGACACAGCUAAAGUAGUUUUAAGUUGCUCUACUCAUACUGUACGUAUGCACCUAGACUUUUUCAAGGACAGCCCACACAUUUAACGUAUUUAAAUAUUUUUUAAUUGAUUUUUAGUAAUAUAGCCUAAAGAGUUUAGAAACACUGAGUAGAAAAGCUUGCUACUGUAUUUUUUUAGAAAAUGCUUAGUUAUAUACGAUCGUACUCCUCUGACUCUUAGUGUCCAUUUGAAGCUGUGACUGUUAAUUUCAGACCAUACAUAAGCGGAUGUGCUUGACGAGCCAGUUUUAAGAAGCUGCCUCACACACACAAAUCCUCACCACACAUUUGCGUCAAAAUAACGUUCACAUUUUUGGCCAUGUCAGAUGUAAGAAUAAUGGCAAUACCUGUGUUUGUGCUCAAUGUGAAAAAGAUCCUUGAGGUGUUGAAGGUCAUUUAGUGUUUGCUCUUAAUGGUGAUGGUUAACUGAGCGUGAAACUUGUGAGACUUUUUCCUGUGCUCACCUUGUCGUCUUGCAUUGGCUCGAUAUGUGUGCUAGCAUUUAGUUCAAGCAGUGGUCUCCUGUUGGAACUGCUGAAGGAGUUUGAUAUUGCUGUACCUGCUGUGUGAAAAAACACUGACACACUACUUUGUCUUUUUGUGACACAUUUACUAUUCGCAAGAUCCUUUUUCAUUAUUAUUGUUAUUAUGAUGAUGUAAGUUCUUUCUGCAAAAGAUGUUUAAAAUUGCAUUUACAUGUAUUCACUUUCAGAUCCUUAUGUUUUCAUUCACAUUGCAUUAUUUCAAAUGUCCUGAAGAUAGCUACCAUGUUUGUUUCCACCCUAGACCUUUUUUCUUUUGUGUUUUGUAAGACUAAAUUUUAGUUUUUUUAGUUGUUUUUUUUACAUACGUACAUACAGUAUAUAGAGUUUGAGCACAUUGACUUGUAAUGUACAUUUGUGGAAGGAUAAGGCCUGAAUAAAUGUUAGGGUUAUGAGCUCUUUGGUGUCCAGGGAGAAAUGAUGUGAAACAAUUUAACCUGUUUUCUUUCUUUUUUUAAAUUUGGAGUUAUGUUGUAAAUAUUAACAGUGUAUCUGAU